UUGGCCAGAAAUCUAUUAAUCUUAAAGGACCAAUUGCAAGAAGCAAAACAGAAGGAAGCUUCUUUAGAAAAACGACGCUCUCAAGCAGAAUCAGCACUCGACGAGCUUCUCUCCUUCCUCCGAUUUGACACCGUCGACCAUCUCAACACCUACUUCUCUCAGGGGAUUUCCCCUGUGUUCUCCGACAAGGACGCUGAUGCUGAUGCUGAUGCUCAUCAUCUGUCUUCUACCAAUGGAAUGUUUGUUGAUAAAUCGGUUUCCCUUUCGUAUCCUUUUAGACUACUUCUGGCUUAUCAGUACAAAGCCAGUCUCGCUUCACUUGAUUUUAAGAACCGGGGUGAUAGAGUGCUCCAUGAUGUGAAUUCAUUGAUUGAACGAAAGUCUAAUGGCCAUAUUACACAGCUUCUUCCUCCCGGGACAAUAACCAACUUAACCAGGCUUAUCUUUGCAAAUGCACUACGCUUCCAGGGUCUUUGGAAACACAAGUUUGAUGGUCCAAGAUACGAAUUCUCAUUUUUCCUCCUUAAUGGCACCUCUGUCAAGGUUCCCUUCAUGACAAUCAAGAAGAAGACACAUUAUAUUAGAGCUUUUGAUGGUUUCAAAAUCCUCCGUCUUCCUUAUAAACAAGGUAGAGAUAGAAAACGCCGCUUCUCCAUGUGCAUUUUUCUUCCCGAUGCCCGAGAUGGACUUUCAACUUUAAUUCAAAAAUUGUCUUCCGAGCCUGGUUUCUUGAAAGGCAAACUUCCUCGCCGAAAAGUGCGAGUAGAUGCCCUCGAGAUUCCAAAAUUCAAUAUUUCUUUUACAUUUGAAGCUUCUAAUGUGCUCAAGGAGGUUGGAGUGGUUUCACCUUUCUCCCCAAUGGAUGCAUGUUUUACAAAAAUGGUGGAGGUGAAUUCUCCUUCGAAUAAUUUAUGUGUGCAAAGCAUAUUUCACAAAGCUUUCAUUGAAGUGAAUGAAAAAGGCACUAAAGCAACAGCAGCCAGUGUUGGGUUUGCACCGGUACCACAAUCUGCUCGGAGGCCUGGUCCUGUUAUAAACUUUAUAGCUAACCACCCUUUUCUUUUCUUGAUCAGAGAAGAUUUUACCGGAACAAUCCUCUUUGUUGGGCAGGUGCUCAAUCCUCUUGAUGGAUUACCGGUCGAGGCAUGUGGUGGGCAUCAGCUAGUACCAGCUAUGCUGGUCAAGUGUCUGCGUUGGCGUGGGACGCCUCUCUCCAAGGAUGAAGAUUUGAUGUUUUUAGGCCUUUCGAGGGGGUGCCCACCAUCUCCAAGGGUACCUUCAUCCGUGCUCUUCCCUGAAAUUUCCCAUGUUGAUUGCAGGUCUGAUCUUCGUGGCUGCGAAGGUUGGAAGGCACGAAGCCCUUCAGGCUUGUCUUGCGUUGAUCCCUUUUCUGUCGCCUUGAGGGUUCCCAGUGAUCAUGAGUUUGUGGAGGGGCUUGCAGACCCUCCUUCUAAGGUUUCUCCUGCGUUACCCCGGGAUAAGCUGCUGACCCCUAGGGCUAGGGGAAGACCAAAGAAAGUUGAGAAUAGAGGAAGGAAGAGAAAGACUCCUACUGAGAGCUCUAAUGGGAUGACAAUAGCGGAUGGAAUAGCUGUUGAUUCUGUUUCGAGAGGGAAGGAGCCGAAGGAGUUCUCGAAGCCUUAUGGCGUUCUUACUAGGGCGAGGAGUGCGCUUCUAAUGGGGAAGUGUUGUGGUAUGAAGUAUGACUGCACAUAUGACACUGCACUUUACUAGAUUGCGGCCCAGAUCAAUGAGCGCAAAUCACCUUUGGGGAACUGAGGUAGUUUUUUGGUUGGUGGUUGUUUUAUUAAGGGACUUUUGGGCUUGUGGUUGCUUAGGGUUUUUGGGGGUUUGUCUGUAGGCUGGGGGUUUUUCUGUUUCCUUUUCCUUUUGGAUUUUUCUGGGUUCGUGUUUGUUCUUUCUAGGCUGGGUUGUCAUUGGUGUUAUUGGCUUUUUGAUGCCUUUUGAGGAGGCUUGUAUAUCCUGGGUAUUUCCCUCAAUUAUAAUGAUAUUUUGCUUUUGAAAAAAAAUAGAGUUACUUUACAAACAUCAGUGCUCUAAAUUAUUAUGCAAAAGAAUAUCAGGUUGUGAUUUAGAAUGGUGGAUUCUAAAUUUCUGGGUAUCGGGAAAUGGAAAUGUUUUCUUCCUCAUGAAACAAGGAAAUCCUAUUGUAGAAGGAAGAAAACCAUUAAGUUUCCAAAAGCUAAAUUGCUAUUGCAUUCUAUUUCUGACUGAUAUGUCCAUCUAACAGUUGUGUAAGGCUGGUUUUAAUUGAAUUAGAAAUGGAUUUUAUCUUGAAGUCACUGUUGGUAGAUAAAAGCAAUAAUGUCGAAAUGGUUUUUACUUCUUGAGAGGGGACGCGGGAUGCUAUAUAUUAUCACACCUUGUAAUGCGUUUCUACAUUCAUUAUCUA